AUCGUCCCGAUGAUCGUUAUAAACAAAGAACCGGGACAGGUGGGAUAAUUGCGAGUCCGUAGUGAAGCGUGCGAUUUCGAGGCAGUGUGUCGUCGAUUUGUGGGUUCGCAACGGUCCACCAAUCUCUUGCACACUCUGCUGUACCGAGACGGUACGGCUUUACGUGAUUUACUAUUCUCACGCGCUCGUCGUGGGAAUGCGAGAUUACGUUAUAGAGCCCCGAUGUCGGAAUUGUGAAGGUAUUAAGCCGUCUUUUGACGGGGGUUGUGACCACAGACGUCCAACUAAAGGAGACCGCAUAAGUCAUUCGUAAAAUUGCUGUUGCUGUUAUGAUGCAAAUAUAGGCAUCUAAACAAGGGUCGAAUGGGUUGUGGAGUGUUGCCUAAAUAUGAAUGGUUGCUAUGGUAACCACGUAAGGUACCCCCCAAACCAACGCCAAUUAUUCGCAGGGAUAACGAAAAUUCUGCGUCGACAGCGGCAGAGAAAUCGCCUAGUAUUUCGCACCACAGCGAAUAAAUCACAAUCAACUGAUGAAGAAGAGGUACUUUUGUUACUUGCCUUAGAAGCUGAAGUAUUAACUUGGAACGAAACAAAACGACUAGUGAGUGUUUUCACAAAUGACAUUCGAAAAUUUGAUACAAAUUAUCGUGAAGCUAUUUCGAAUACCGACAUGCCAUUACAUUGCAUUAUUCAAAGAAACUUCCACAGAGCUUGA